CCGCGGACGGCGCAGACAGUAAACAGAGAGCACGCUGACGCUCGCUGAAAGGUGGUGCCCCGGGAUGCCAACGCAGCUGGUGUUGGCGCUGCUCGCGGCCACAGCGGCGUGCACCCUUGCCCGGCCUCCAGAGCCCACGCCGUCUCGAGUGGUGGCGCUGGAGCCCGCACUGCGAGGCCCGCUCCGCCAGCGCGUGCCCAUUCCAGAGUCGCGAGAGUACCUGUUACCGAGGUUCCCGCUGCCACACUUUCUAGCAUACGAUGACAGCCCCCGGAUGGCUCCACCGCCGCAGCGAACUUUACACGACCACGAUUGGCUGAAUAAGGAAAUUGAUCGCAUCAAUCAGAUGUCAGGUGAAAGUGAAUCCAUCGUGAGACCAUACGACGACGAUUUGGCCCGCUGGAUUGCCCGUGACCCUUAUGUGCAGCGUAUGUUCGAAAGUCCCAUUAAAACGGCUCCUAGCCACAAAUUGGUUCUAGAGUAUAUGAACGAAGUAGAUGAAACCAGAGAGCGACCACGUCUAAUGCCGGCUCCCUCUUUUCAUGAAAUAAAAGGCCUAAGCAAACGCCCUGAGAACCCGGUCAGAGAUGAUAGAAAAUCAUUUGCACUUACACCUCUUGAUAAAGGCUAUUUUGAACCAGACCCGAAUGCGAAAAACCAACAAUAUGAAGUCAUAGUGGAUACACCCAGUAUUGAGGAACCUUUGGCAGCUAUGGUUAAGGAACCACCCCGGCAAACUCGACAAAAUCCCAAUCUCAGUCGUACCAAAACUCUUGUCACCGAAAACAUAGAUAAACUGAGAAGCGGACUGGCUAAUAAGGACUACCGAUUACCUGUCUCCUUACUGCCAACCAACCUGGGCUGGUUGAAAAUAAAUUCUGUUGAGGAUGAGGAGAGCAACGGCCACGAAGACGGUUUGAUGGCAGAGAAGGGUAGAGAGCACAUUCACGUGCUGGAGGCCUCCAGUAACGACCCAAUAGACCCACUGUUGUUGGCUGCCGUAGGCGGGGCUAUUGCGGCAGCUGUUAGCCUUACCAUUUUCGGAUUCACCUUCGCGUGGUAUACGUUGGCGAAAAAGGCGAAGGCUGCAGCUGACGUGGACUACCCGGCUUACGGAGUGACGGGACCCACGGUAGACUCUUCGGGCGACCGGAAACUCGCUCACUCGGCCCACAUGUACCAUUAUCAGCACCAGAAGCAGCAAAUCAUUGCGAUGGAAAAUAGGAUAGACCUGGAGCAGCGCCUGGGCUCGGUGUCGGAGCCCGAGUCGGAGGAGGAGAACGAGGAAGGUGACUACACCGUGUAUGAGUGCCCCGGUUUCGCCACGACUGGUGACAUGGAGGUGAAGAACCCGUUGUUCUCCGACGACCCCACCCCGGCCACUCCUGGCAAGUGCGAAGUGGUGAAACCCCAACCCAAGGAAUAACUGCAUACCAAACAUUCUUCCUUCUACGGCUUUGACUUCUUUCUUAAUUCAUUAUGGAUCUCCAAUAAUAUGGUUAGUCCUCUUUUAGUUAACAGUGUUUAUAGGCAGAAUUGAAAUUAUUAUAACGAAUUGUUAAUUAAGUAUUUAAUUACGCUUCUGAGCGUGAAGUUCUACAUCCUUAAAAACAAACACUCGGUUAAAGUUUUUUUGUGUAUAAUGGUGCUUAAAAGUAACUUCCAUGUUUGUUUUUUGACCAGUGGUUAGAUACAUACUACAAAUAAUAUGCGCUAAUAUACUAAGUUUAAAAAUAUAGGUACUAUGUUAUGUUGUACAAAUUAGCUUCCAAUGCUAAAUGAUAAAAAUGAAAUCACAAUCCUUAAAGACUACCCAUGUGUUAGUUUAAUGUCUACCAAUUUUUAAAAUAUAACAGAAUUUAUGUACCUAAUCACAUAUCUUCUACUUAACAAGGUACCAAUACAUAAAAUUAAAAGAAGCGUUCGCAUUUCGAACAUAUAUUACCUACUUUUAAAAUUCUGGAAAAUAUUCCGGUGAUUAGGGUAAUCAUAUGAAAUUAUACUAAACAUACAUACAUAAACAUGGUAGUAAUUAGGUUAUAAAAAAUCAUAUAGUACUUCGACUUAUCUGACGUAUAUAGUUAUUUACAAAUAUAAAUCGGUGUUACUCAAUGUGGCAAAAGUAGUGUAUAAUAGAUUAAUGAAUGAAAUGAAAUAACUUAAUGUAUCAAAACUGAGACUCGUCUGCCCCAUCUGGGUAAUUCCACGAGACUGUAACGUCAAUUACCAAUUCUUUCUUGUGUUCUUACAUUAAUUAAGCAAAUCUAAAUGUAUGUAUGUCUAUAUGUAAGAACACACGAAAGAAUUGGCAACUGACGUUACAGUCUCGUGGAAUUACCCAUCUGUGUAUUAGCAUCCUAAUGGUAUUUUGCAUGCAGCACGGUGCAUCAGUAUUAUUUCCUUACACACACAAUAACUAAUAGGUACUUAGAUGAAUAUGAAGAAAACAGGUACUUACUUCCAGGGAUUCUAGGCAAUAUUUGCAUCGAAUAGUGACUAGGACGUCUUUACGCCAGUAGAGUACGAUAUGACGUGUACCUAUAUAGUUAUCCGUAUCAUUGUAGGAACCUUUUUAUGGUUUUUUACAUACAUAUUAUUUGACACGCAGCCAAAGCCUCUUUCUGUAUCCCAGAUAUUAAGCAUAGUAGGUAUUUGUAUUUAUUACAUUCAUUUCAUAUAUUCAUUUUUUUUCAUGUAGUAAGUGCCUAAUAAAUAAAAUAAAAUAAAUAAAUAAAUAAAAUUACACUUUAUAUCACCCCCGUGACACUUUUAUCUUACUCCUCUUUUUCUUAUUUGUGUAUCUAUAUUUAUGACUGUGUUUUCCUCAUUUCGUUCUUUCAUUGCAUUUGUGAAUACUCGCAUGUGUAAUCGCAAUUUAUUAGCUCCGCUACCCAAAUGUUGUCUGGUAGGAAUCGCUUUUUAGCGAUAAGACUGCCUGUUGUUUAACUAUACUUGUGUUACUUAUGUUUUUUUCUCUAAAUAAAUACCUACUCUUAUUCUAGUUGUAUUUGGGAUAUAAAGAAGCAGGAUUUGCGAUCCUCCCCACUCCAUACAUUCUCUUGAGCGACCUUCUGGCAUGGGCCUGGAUCGGCCUAAAACCAAAACCGUUGUUUGGUGCAAUCGAUAUACUUACCUACUGUUUGGUUUUGAUAUAUUUAAAGCUUUAAUAUCUUUACAAAAAAAAUAUAUUUAUACUGUAGAUAUCUAUAUUAUUGUAACCUAAAGGUGCAAAUUUGAUUCAAGUAUGUAAAUUACAGGUUAUAUUUUUUUUUACCUUUAAGGGCUUUAUGUAUCUUCAUAUACAAUUAUUAAUACCUACCAAUGAGACACUCUUUAUACUUUAUCUUAUCAGCCUCUGAAGUAUAUUGUUGAGAACAUAUAUUUUGUGUUGAAGAAUAGUUGUGAAGAAUAUUCGGUAGAAAUGAUUAAUUAGAGUCAAUGACCAGCUUUCUUCAAUUAAGCGGCAAUGGAAAAACGAAUAAUUUUUCUGGUUAUCCCUCCGACGCAGUGCCGUAUGCUUUGAUUAAAAACCUUGUCUGAUUAAAAUUUACCUUCAUAUUGAUAAAAUAUACACCUGGCACAAACAUACACUCCAUAUUAUAUACAUAGUGCUUAUAAUUUUCUUAUGUACACUCAUUUUAUAUAUUUCUAUGGUGUGGCCGUUAAAAUUAUUGAGUAAAAGUACUUAAUCGUUUAUAAGGUAGGUAAAGUAAACAAUAUUACUUAUUCGUCAAUGCUUAAAUCUUCAGCUAUGAUUUGUUUUCGGAAUCUUCUUCAAAUCAAAUCCCAUUUUAAAGUUUUGUACAGUCGACGUCACAGAUAUUUUUUUCAUUUUUGGCCUUAUUACUAAGGGGUAAGGUGUACAAGUAUAAACAUAUCCAUUACACCGACUGUACUCUAUGAUCUUUUCUUAUGCUCACGUGCACAGGCUAUUGCACCUACGCCUAUUACUAGGAUAUAAACUUUUCUAAAUGAUUCUUCAGAAAAUGAAAUAAUAUAAAUUGGUAUUUAAACUAUUAAGUUCGACGUAACCAGUCUAGUCUAUUUUUUUUUUUUUUUUUAAUUUAUUUAUAAAAGAGAAAUUAUGUGGGAUAAAGUCGUAUAUAAAUUCAUAUUUCAGUGUAGCUGAUACACAAUACUAUACAAAAUUUAUCCCAGAUCAUAAAAUACGUUGUAGUUCAUACAGAGAAGAUUUGGAGUAUUUUUGACGUUUUGAGUUUAAAGUUGAAUGGCCUGUUCGUAUUUUAUAUAGAAAGAUACAGAAAUUUAUUUCAAUAUAAUUAACACAUAAAAAAAUGUUUUCUCCAAUCAUGAACAGUAUCGCGCCUGUUCUUUUAAAACAGAUCGAAAUUAAUGAAACGUCAAACUUAAGCAGCUCUAUUACCCUUGUUUAUAGUAAACUGUUCCCGGUGUCUAAAAACUGAAGUUGUGAUUUAAAUUUCAUUAUUGAUGCCACGUCCAUUAUAGGGGUGUUUACCACAAUGAGGAUGACAAGUUGGCAACCUUAUUUAAAUUAAAUUAAAUUCUAAGACGUAUUAAUUUCUAAGACAAAAUUUUGCCUACGAGCUUAGGGCCAAGAGAGAAAAAUGUACAAUUACUCUAAUUUAUUUAAUAAUAUGUACUUACUUAUAUGUGUUUUUUUUUUAAUUAAUUAGUAGUUACUAACCCUGGAAUUAUUAAAAGUUAUGAAAAUAUUAAAAACUUUUCAAUUAUUACGAGUAUAGGGCUGCGGUGGGCGAAUAAUAAUUAUGUCGCUUAAUUACAAAAAAUUCCAACCGCAGCCGCUUACAGCAUAAAUUACACGGGUGCAAUAUACACGUGCUCCUUGUAAAGUCUGCGCGGAAAGAGAAGAGUUGUGUGGAAUACAAAGAAACCAAUACAGGGUUCUUUCCGCACAGACCCUACUCUUAGGGUCGGUUGCAUCAAACCGUCUGUUAUUGUGUGGGAAGUUUCAUAGAUCUCUGCUGCGGGACGUUGAUCAGUCUGUUAACUGUGGUUGGUGCAACUGACCCUUAGAGCAUUCAUAUGAAAUUACAAAUUGUUUAGUUACGAGUACUUACAUCAAUGUCUGCGCAUGGCAGCGAGUAAAAAACGCUUAUACCUAUAGGCAUAUAUCCAAAAUAUUAUAUAUUAUCGCAAGUGUUAAUUCGUAACGCAGAAUGUUAUUUAUGUAGGUAUCUUAUUACCUACUUUUGUUGUAUAUUAGUUAGCAAAAAAUAAAACAUAUUUAUCAACUAAAUCGCCGGGGUUCUAUCUGCGGGUCUAACAACUGGAUAGUUUAUGGUUCUAAGUAAAUGUAACCUUAAAUUUUAGAAAAAAAAAUCAAGAUAUAUGGGAUUUCAUAUGCUACGAAACUCAAAUGGUCUAUUUGUAAUUGGGAAGUUAGGCUCGCAACCUACAGCGAAUUAUUUUUUGAGUAAUUUAUUAUCUAACUGUCAAUUUUAAUUGACUGAUUAACCAAAUCAAGUGUCUCACCGUGCCAUAAAUAAUCAGAAAUCUUCGUCAUAGUUGUAACUAAAAUAGUCAUUUAAUAUAUCCAUUGCUGUAAAUUUCUUAUAACUAUGUGUAUCUUUCUUUGUUGUUUUUAUGGGUAACAUAUUAUAUAAUAAACGGUAUCAAAUAAAUA